GUUCAGCCUGUCCCGGAGAAGCACGUUCGUUUUGAGGACCAGUGUGGAAAAUUUUUUUUACGAAGAAGAAUCUCGCCACUCUUUGUUGAGACAUACUGUGAAGCGGGUCGCAGACAGAAGCGAAAUAUGUACAAGACAGUGCGAAAGGGCGACGCGUCUCUUCAGUACACCAUCCUACCACAGACCGAUCAGUUCAAUGCCGCCGCGGGAUUUUCCCCCGCAGCCUCGAGCAAGGCGAGACCAAUGGUCCUGAGGUGCACGAUGGCGCUUGUCGUUGCGCUGAUAAUCCUCUCCUGCAUCGCGACCCCCUUUCUCAUCAAUCAGAAGGACCACAACCUGUUCGCGAGCACGAUGCUGAGCAUGGGAAGAGUCGAGGUCAGUAUCCGCAAAAACGGGACCAAGACUGACGCCGAGGACGUCGUCACGGACAAGCAGGAAGUUAAGCUCGACGACGAGCUUUCGGCGACCUCGGCGAAGCCGGAGGGAAAUGGCCUCCUCGGGACUUCCGCGCCGAGUUCAACUCCCCUGAGCUUGACGACGACCACGACCUUCUUCUCGACCCAGCAGCAGACGUUCUCGGCUUCGUCGACCACCUCCAGGUCAUCCGCGAACCCCUCGUCCUCGACCGAGGUCCCCAGGAAGCUGCCCCGGGUCACCCUGAAGCUUAGAGAAAACGAAACCAUACCGCAGAUGUACAUGAAGGCAGGCAUCGCCUCCUACAAGAAGGGCAACAUCACGACCAGCGUUCUCGCACAUGGACUCAGCCUCGAAGGACUCAUCUUCAAGACUCCGGAGGGCACGAUCAAACCCUGGCCGCAAAAAUGGUCCUUUGCCGAUCCGUCAUCUUACUUUCAAUGGAAGGGAAUCCGACAAGUUCCAAGGAUGGUGUACUUCAUCCUAGGCGGACUGGCGGCCCUCGCCAUUCUCAGCAUAAUCCUGAUGACCUACGUCCAGUGGAGGGCGUCGCGACGCCUUCAACGAAGGAACGUCGAGGUCCUGGAGAUCGAGAGCCAAGAGGAGGACGAAUCGACGCUCCUCGGUCCGGAGACUCGCGAGGGUGUCGAUAAGGAGUAAAUCGUGCGAAGUUUGGCUAGAUUCAUUUGAUUUGCAUAUUUUUACAGACCCAGGCACAGACAGACACACACACACACCCACACACACACACACACACAUCGGUCAGAGUGAGGGUCUUCCACGCGCCUUGGUCUACAAGGGUCUCCGCGACGGUGUGCAUGAUGUACGUUACGUUCAUCCCGGUUCCAAUGUUAUGUGCGACAAUUCGUUUGUCGAGUUGCAAAUUAAGGCGGUAUAUAUAUGUACGGGUGUAGAUGACUGAAGAUACUUGUGAAUUUUGGGAAUUUAUAUCACGAAUAUCAAUUAUUCAAUUCGGUUCGGGAUCGUUUCAUUCAAAAGUAUGUAGAUCGAACUUGUACAACAUAUUUUUUUUUUAUUAUAUUCAAUCAAUAGUAAGCAUUGUUAUUCACAAUAACGUUGCCCGUUUCGUUUAAUGAUAUGUUUUGCGGUGCCGACGAUAUCUCAAAAAUGACUUUGACCGAUUCACUACAAACUUGGCGAGAGUAUUCAGGACAGGAGAGUUUAUGCUAUUUUUUAGCAAGCCAUUUUGUUGGAGAAAAAUAAAUGUGUCAAAGGAUAUACUGACUGAGAAGACUGUAGCUUUAAAUUGGAAAUAAAUUGGCUGAGCCGUUUUUGAGAUAUCGUGGGCAUCGCUGAAACAUGUGAUCGACAGAAAUGGUUGGCGUUAUAGUUGAUAAAAAUGCUGCCUAUUAAGUGAUUUUAAUAAAAAGAAAAAUGCAAACGAACCUUGACCCACAUAGUUUUGAAUAGAACAAACUCCGAUCGAAUUGAAUAAUUGGCUGUCGACCUGUAAAUGCUCAAAUUUCGGCCAAACUUUCAGCCGUCUAAUCGUAUAUAAUGUGCAACCUCUAAAGUAAGAUGCAGCGGUAACAGGGCGAAGACAAAUCACUACGUACCGCUUGAAAAGCGAGAAAAAAUGAAUAAAAAUAAAUAAAUAUAAAUUGACGUACUAUUAACGUAAUCUAAGAAAACGGUUCUUUAUGCUCAACUGUUUUUUACGUACGUACAUUACUACUAUCGUAUACAUACUUAUAUGUAACAUAUAUUUAACAUGCAUAGGACGUUAUUGUCCAGCUUAAUCAAAGCUAAUAUCUUUUCGAGCGACUCCGGCUAUCAGCCCUGAUACUUAUAAUAACGUUGCAAUACGUGUAAUCUUUGAGGUGUGUUUUCUCGCUUACGCAUUUGAAAUAUUGAACUACACAGAUGGUGACGACAGUAUUAUUAUUUUCAAAUACCAGUUCCGUAACUUGUGUUAAUUAGUACGAUCGGUUUUUCCUGGGACUUAUCACAUUGUCGAGUCAAGAGUUCCUUAAACGAGGUGACAAUUUGUUCAUAAUAUGCGCAGGAAUUUUUGUGGUAUAUAUUAUCGUGGAAUUCGAUUGUUUUCUUAUUGGUACUGAACAUUGAAUGAAAAUAAUGAAAAUAAAAAUGAAAACCGAUGAUGAAAGAUAGAGAGAAUGAGACGGAGAGAUAUCGCGAGAUUGAGAUAACGGCUGUAUGUAAUUAUGCAUCGCCGGGUGUGCGAAUGAAACGAUUUAAAAAUUUAAGGUCUAACACAAUAAAGUCUAAAAAUUAAAUUUGUAAUAUGUAUUUCGUGAUAUUGUGUCAAUGAGUUAUAAAUUUCAAAAUGAACCAUCAGGAUUCAGUUGUUUCUAUUCGGUAGCUUUAGCAGCUCAUAUAAUAUACAUAUACAUAUAUCUAGAUGGUUUCAGCUCGGUAGAGAAUAAGUUUUUGACUUUUCCCUUUUGUUGCGUUAUUGCUUGAACGCGGUGAACUUUAUCCGUCGUCCUUAUUCUCGAGACGGAAAUGAUGCGAAGAAUGAUACGAAGAUGUAAAAAAAAAAAAAAAGGCAAUUCGUCUAAGCGAAAUCCUUGAAUCAGGCGAGAACUGGUUAUAGCUGGACGCGGUCAAGUUCACCAAAACCUUUUAUAUCGUAUUAAUUACUUCAUAGUGUAAAUUUUCGUACAAAAUGAUGUUCGAUGCGUUUUCCGAAAGAAGAAAAAAUUCCAUGGUAGCAAACAAGCAGAGGGAAAAAAAAAAAAAAUAAUAAACAAUUAUCAAAGUGAAACGCAAAACAAUAACAAAACAAA